UAAACAAGGUUUAUACUUUAUACUCCAAAGUGAGAAGAAGAAUUCAGAAAGAUGAAGCUUUGAAUUCGUUUUAAAAUCGGAAAUGGUGAGUGCAGCUAUUCGCCGCCAUUAACCUUUGUUCGAAGCUAGCGACCAUGGAUCGAUUUGCUAAGCUGUUUUACACCACAGCAAUCGCCAGUUGCCCCAAAUCCACGCAGCGCGGGUUUUCAUUAUUGCAGAAGGGAAACACACAAACAGAUUUUGGACAGAAGCAUUUAUGCAGAAGGAAUGCAGUGAUACAGACUCGGAAUUUCUCAUCAGCAUAUAAAAGAGUACUAGAUGAGAAAACACUAGAACAGGAUGCAGAAAGAAAAAUCGGAUGGCUAUUGAAGCUAUUUUUUGCUGGAACUGCAACUGUCAUCGGCUACCACUUAUUCCCCUACAUGGGAGAAAAUGUGAUGCAGCAGUCUGUUAAACUUUUACAAGUGAAGGAUCCUUUAUUCAAAAGAAUGGGGGCGUCCAGACUAGCACGGUUUUCAAUAGAUGAUAAAAGAAGAAUGAAAAUAGUUGAAUUAGGCGGAGCUCAGUUGCUUGUGGAUAUGUUAGCGGGUGCUAAAGAUGACCGCACGCGAAGGCUAGCUCUGAAAGCUCUUGUUGCCAUCUCAAAGUCAGAAGGAGCAGUGGAUGCUAUACAUAAAGCUGGAGCGAUACCUGUGAUCAAGGGCACCCCGGAUUCCAGCGAGUACAAGGAAGUUGAAGAAUACAAGACGAAUUUGCUGGCUCUUUUUGAGGAUCUCAACUACGAAACUUCAUCUUGAAAUAUGUAAUGACAAGAUUUUGUACUGUUUGUUAAUGGCUUAUGAGAUUAAUAACUUGGUGACAGCAUUCAGAUAAAGUUUAUACCUUACAUAUAACUAUGUUGUGAUGAUCAUUGAAUAAUUUUGAUUAAUGAUUGUAUUUGGCUCAAA